CCGUGCUGCUUUAGUAGUACCCCAGAGUUGAGUACUGGGAUCGAUGUAAUCGACUUAACUCUUCCCCCAAAAUUACACAUACGCGCUCGUGCCCCCCUCCCACACAAAGUAACUUCCGUAUUGUUUCCGUCCACCAAAUUCCAUUGACAAGGGACUGGUCAACCUGAAGCUACAGUUGAAGGCAAUUUGCUGUGUUGAGGCAUGCUUUUAUACUAAAUAGGUUAUACAAUAAUUAAAAUUUUUUUCAAGAAUUUUAUACUUUAUAUUGUUAAUAGAUACAUAUAAAGACGUUUGAUAAUUAGAAUUAAGAUUACUGGACCUUAGAAUAACGUCUGUGACAAGAUCUGAAUGUAUAACGAUACGAUCGGUUUAUCCAGGAUCUUAACUUCUCAAUAGGGCGCUUACUUCAGUCGCUAUGGUGUCCCAUCUACUUCAGUAAAAUUAAAUCCUUAUUAUAUGCAACUGAAAUACGCUUAACAAAUUAGUAUGAAUAUAUUAAUAAAGACUGUCACUUUUAGUGACGAUAAGUAUGACGAUAAGACGUAAUAUGUGAGUUACGGAAACACUUAUUCACACUAACUCCUCCAGAAGACUAAAACGACUCACAAAAAGUAGUCUUUCACAACAACUCUAUGUGGAGAUAAUUCUAACAAGCCGAAACACAAUUCUGGUGUACUUUGAACUCUGUUUGUUAUUGUUUUUAUAUAAUCCAAUUUACACGGAAGCUGCUGUAAUUUACCAGAAAAACAAGGAAGGACUCCACGGUUAUAUUUUCGAAGAAGUAACAAUGGGAGGCCGCCAGUUAAGCACGGCUUUGUCUGAUUUUUUCCUGGCUUUGUCAGCUUAUUUUGUGGCAGUCAAACUAAAAGAAGUAUGCGUCAUCGCAGGACUUGGUAUCUUUAUCCAAGGAAUGGCAGCUAGCAUUGGAGUAGCUCGAUUUUCAAUGGAGAAACCAUAUAAGGAUAUCAUCAGAGCACACAUGCUUUUUUCUUUACUGGCAACAUUUGUUGGAAUUCCAUUACUGUCCAUUGGAUUCUGUAUUUACUAUCAUUUCACAAUGAUAUCAUGGAUUCUUUCUGCUGUUUGCUUUUUUGCCAUUACCUUCAGCUUUUUCAUGGACUCAGAGGUGAAACGCUCAAUAUCAGAACCAAUAGCCGGUUUGGCAAUUAUCAUCAUAAUUGCUCUAUGUCUAUAUCAUGAAAACUUGUUUGGAUUUUUAGCUUGUAUUAUAUAUAUUCUUUCUGGUGUGAUGAUUGGAAGCGAAGGAGCUUGGUUUGGAAUCCUGCGCAUUGAUUUGCUUCAUUAUACUUUGGUUCUUGGUAACCUAGCAUUUUACAAAUCAUUUACAUAAAUGUAAUCAGGAAGUUUAAAAAAAGAUACAUUUUAUAAUUUCUACAUAAUUUUUCGUUCCCAAAUUUCAAGUGUAUAUAUUAGCAAUAAUGUUUCUUUUUUCACAUUCAAAUAAUAAUUUUCCAAUAUUUCAAAACUUUUUAAAUAUAUUUUUUUAAUAUAUAUCAUUUAAAGCUUUUCAAGGUGGCGAGAUGGUAGAAUUGUUAGCAUUCUGGGCAAAAUGCUUAGUGGCAUUGUGUCCGUUUUUACAUUCUGAGUUAAAAUGCUAUUCUGAGUUAAAAUGCUACUAAUAAAAUUAGUACUCGUUGAGCACUGGGACUGAUGUAACCAACUUACUCCUUCCUUGAAAUUGCUGGCCUUAUGCUAAAAUUUGAAUAUAUGUCAUUGAAAUCUCUUGAUUGAUAAUAUUUAUAUAUUUUAUAUUAAAAUUGCAUGCAUGAA